AUGUUUUUGGUGCAUGCCGUUCCAGCAGUAAUCUUGUUCGAUUCCGGGGCGUCCAACUCGUUCAUAUCCCUGGAACUCGUGAAGAAGUUGGGCCUAACCGAAGGUGUCGGGGUGAAGCUUAAUGUCAAAGUGGCAUCAGGAGAAGUUAAGGCUUGUGAUCGUCUCUUCAAAGACGUUAGGAUAGCCUUCGCCGGAGAAGAGUUUUCCAGUAAUCUAAUACAGUUCGGCCUGGACGGGGUAGAUGUGGUCCUGGGUAUGGACUGGCUAGGACGGUUCAGAACCCAGAUCUUGUGUGGUGAACAGAAUGUGGUUUUGAGAGGACCAAGUGGAAAGAGGGUGUCGUACAGAGGGUCAACAGAAGAACCAGGGAUCAAGUUAGUGUCCAUGAUGAAGAUCAAAAAGUACGUGGAGAAGGGCCACGAGAGCUUCUUGUGCUCAGUUGAAAACCUGGAGGCCAAAAGAGAUGUAGCUCAGACCAUACCUGUUGUAUUGAAUUCCUCGAUAUCUUCCCCGAGGAGAUUCCGGGAAUGCCUCCUCCAAGGGAAGUUAAAUUCUCAGUGGAUCUUAUUGUAA